AUGACCGAGCUCAUUCGGGACACGGCUUUUGGCCAUCUGGUCCGCUUCGUCACCCGCGGGAAAUAUCUCAAGUUUGCCGAAGAGGCCGAUCCGACAGUCUGGACCAGAUACAUUGACGAGAAGAAGUCGGCAUAUCUCGCGCACCAUGGCAGCACCGACCCCCCCGAGGACCCCGACGACAUGCCACCCAUAGAGGGCAUCCGGACCAGGGAGGCACAAUACUCCCACUUCCCUCCUCCACGACUGGCCAGACUGGCUUCCAGCCGUUCGCAAAGAACGUCCAGUCAAGAACCAAUCAACGAAGUCAGCGGCGUCCCCGUCGACUCCGAGAAAGGCCGGGACAUUCAUCUUGUCACGUGGUACGGCGACGAUGACCCGGAGAAUCCAAGGAACUGGAGCCUCUUCAAGCGCGUCUUUGUCACUUUCGAAAUCUGCCUGUUGACCACCUCUGUCUACAUUGGCUCCUCCAUAUACUCCGCCGGCACCGACAACGUGGCGGAGAUUUUCGGCGUCUCCAAAGUCGCCGCAACCCUGGGCUUGACGCUCUUCGUGGCGGGCUACGGCACAGGACCUAUGAUCUUCGCUCCCAUGUCUGAAAUCCCCCAGAUCGGACGCAACCCCAUCUACCUCGCCACGCUCGCAGUCUUCGUUGCAUUCCAGGCUCCGACGGCCCUCUCAACCAACUUCGGCAUGCUUUGUGCCUUCCGAUUCUUGACUGGUUUCUUCGGUUCGCCCGUACUGGCUACCGGCGGAGCGACACUAGCCGACAUUUGGCGUCCCAGCAAGCGCGCCUACGCAAUGUCCAUCUGGGGCAUCGCUGCCGUCAGUGGCCCAACUCUCGGACCCCUGGUUGGAGGCUUCGCCGUUCAGUAUGGCUUCGUGGAGGGCGGCUUCACCGCCCCCUGGACCUGGCCGAUCUGGGAGCUCAUGUGGCUCAGCGGCUUCUGUCUCGUCUUUCUGUUCUUCUUCCUGCCGGAGACCAGCGCCAACAAUAUUCUUGUUCGCCGCACCAAGCGCUUGCGCAAGAUUACCGGCGAUGACAAGCUCAAAUGCGAAGCUGAAUUGAUGUCAGAAGAGAUGACGGGCUACGAUAUCGUCAUGAUGUCCUUGGUCAGGCCAUUCACACUGAACUUCUUGGAGCCGAUGGUUUUCAUGCUCAACCUCUACAUCGCCCUCAUCUAUGGCCUGCUCUACAUCUGGUUCGAGUCGUUCGUCGCCGUCUUCAUCGGCGUCUACCACUUCGGGCUGGGCCAAGAAGGCCUUGCCUUCCUCGGACUCUUCAUCGGCACCCUCCUCGUCAUUCCCCCCUUCUUCACCUACCUCAAGUACAAAGUGGAGCCGCAAUUCGACAAGAACGGGGAAAUCCAGCCGGAGAAGCGCCUCCCGCCCGCCUUUGUCGGCGGCUUUUGCAUCCCAAUCUGUCUCUUUUGGUUCGGCUGGACCGCGAUGCCUCAAAUCCAUUGGAUCGUGCCCAUCAUCGGCUCCGCCUGGUUCGGCAUCGGCGCCUUCCUUCUCUUCAACUCCGUCCUCAACUAUCUCCCUGACGCCUACCCGGAACACGCCGCGAGCGUGCUGGCGGGCAACGACCUAUUCCGCUCGAGUUUCGGCGCCGGCUUCCCGCUCUUCGCCUCGGCCAUGUACUCCAAUCUCGGCAUUGGGUGGGCGAGCAGCACGCUAGGCUUCAUUAGUCUUGCUUUCAUCCCGAUUCCGUUUGUCUUGUAUAAGGUGUGUUCCUCUUCAUCUCCCUUUGAUCGAGCUAUGCUGAUGUGCGGAUUUAGUAUGGCGCGACUCUGCGCAAGAAUCACAGCACGUUCGCGAGGAAGGACUUGUGAAGGAACAGUUCUGAGACAAGAGCUAGAAAGGAUAAAGAAAGAGUACAACCGGAUACACAAUAGAAGUGGUUGGAUGGACUUUGAAGCGGCGACGGGUUGA